CAUGGCCCGAAAAGAAUGAAAUGCAGGGCAUCAAACUAUAAUGAAAGUCGCCAUUUUCACUUCACCACACCCUUGGAUUAUAAAUAAAGAGCUUUUGGACUGAAAAAGGGGCUUAAUCGGGCCCUUUUACCGGCCCAUUAACUCUUAAAGGCCCGAUGGAAUUAGAAAACAUCGUUGCAAAUACAGUCUAUCUGAAAGCAAGAGAAGGUGGUGGCGGAAAAAGAAAGGGCAGGAGCAAAAAAUGGAAGCAGAUACUGAAAUUUCCACACAUAUCGCAAUGUAUUGGGUUAAAGCAAAAUAUAAGUUUGACGUACAAGUAUAUCGUCACUUCCCAGCCAAUCGGCCGACAACUGUUCCGAAUGUACUGUGAUAAAAAACCAGACCUCAAGAAAGCUAUAAAUUUUUUAGAUGAUAUUAGUGAAUACGAGCUCUCUCCGAAUGAAAAGCGAUGUUCUAAAGCUCAACAAAUUUAUGAAAAAUAUUUAUUAGCAGAGUCUGCAGAGUACAUCAGCCAUGUAAACGGGAACCAAGCGGUGGUCAUCAAGGAGGCACUGCAUGAGAAACUGGCCGAGAGGGACCUCUUUUCUGCAUGUGCAGAGUUGGUAAUUGAAUUCCUUUCCAAGGAGCCAUUUCAGGAUUUUCUAGAAAGUUAUUAUUUUAAACGAUACCUACAAUGGAAACUUUUGGAAGGUCAACCAGUCACGAAGAACACGUUCCGGAUGUAUCGAGUGCUGGGGAAAGGCGGUUUUGGAGAGGUGUGUGCGUGCCAGGUGCGCGCAACAGGGAAAAUGUACGCCUGCAAAAAGCUCGAAAAGAAACGCAUCAAGAAACGGAACGGAGAAGCCAUGGCCCUAAAUGAGAAACAAAUACUUCAGAAAAUCAACUCAAGAUUUGUAGUAAGUUUAGCCUAUGCAUUUGAAACAAAGGACGCUCUAUGCCUCGUGUUGACGAUAAUGAACGGCGGGGAUCUGAAGUUUCAUAUACACAACAUGGGGGUCCCCGGAUUUGAGGAAGAACGCGCCAUAUUUUAUGCAGCUGAAAUCACCCUAGGGCUAUCGAAUUUACAUAGUGAAAGAAUUGUGUAUAGAGACCUUAAGCCAGAAAACAUUUUAUUGGAUGAUAAUGGUCAUGUACGGAUAUCUGACCUAGGUCUAGCAGUGGAAAUCCCAGAUGGGGAGUUGAUCAAGGGCCGUGUGGGCACCGUCGGAUAUAUGGCACCGGAGGUGGUCAAGAAUGAAAAAUACACGUUUAGCCCUGACUGGUGGGGGCUCGGCUGCCUCAUAUACGAGAUGAUCGAGGGCAAGGCCCCAUUCCGAGCGCGUAAAGAGAAGGUCAAGCGCGAGGAGGUUGACCGAAGAGUAAAGGAAGACCAGGAAACAUACUCCUCAAAGUUCUCUGAAGACUGUAGAAGUAUAUGUACUCAGUUGUUAGAAAAGGACCCUCGUAAGCGGCUAGGCUGCGGAGAAGCUGGGUCUAAGGACGUGAAGCAGCAUAUAUUCUUCAAAAAUAUCAACUUCAAACGCUUACAAGCGGGUGUGCUUGACCCUCCGUUCAUUCCUGAUCCACGUGCUGUGUACUGUAAGGAUGUGUUAGACAUUGAGCAGUUCUCAACGGUGAAGGGCGUGAACCUGGACCCAAGUGACGACACAUUCUACGGCAAAUUCAACUCAGGCUGCGUCUCCAUACCCUGGCAGAAUGAGAUGAUAGAGACGGAAUGUUAUAAGGAACUGAAUAUUUUUGGCGAAGACGAUGCCCCAACUCCAGAUUUAUUGGAGGAUCCACCCCCUGCCCCCCAACGGAGUAGCUUCCUAGACAGACUCUUCAGGCGCAGAGCUGGAUGCCUUUCAAGCUGUUGUAGACGAACUUCACACAAUUAGCCCCGGGAUGCUCAGUCCUGAAAAUGCGGGUCCCAAUGCUCAGUGUUCAUACGGAACCGAAAAUCCCUGUCUCUCCACCAAUCGGACAAGGGCAAUCACUCCGGCACUUGACAAGGGGAACUAACUCUAUGCUGUAAAAAUGUCUUAAUGUAUGAGAUUUAUUAACUCUUGGACUCUGUUUUUUGAGCUAUUGAGCAACUUUGCAGCGAGUUUCCUCAUUUUAGAAAGUGACUUACUAUAGCUGAUGAAAUUUGCAAAAAUGAAUGUUAAGUGUUAUGGGUAUAUGUGUGUAACAAAUAAGAUCAGGUGGAAGAAAAAUAGUGUCAAAUAUUAUGGUGCAAACUUCCCUCCAAGAGAAAGAUUGGCAUCUGUGUUGGAUAAGAAUUCUGACAUUGCGAUUGCGCAAUCGAGGCUAUUGCGAUUGCGCAAUCGAGGAUAUUGCGCAAUCGAGGAUUAUCCUUACAUGGAAGCUUGGAUAGAGAUACUUAAGAAUCUGAAGGAUAUCAAAAAAAAGACAUGAUGACCAGGAUCUAUUGUGUUUUUAAGGGUAGCAUCAACACAGAAAUCAGCCAUUAUUUGUUACCUCGAGAGAAAAGGGGGAUUUUUUUUUCAUGUAACAAAAGACAUCCAUUUUUCUCAUGGACUUGACAUACUUCAAGAAGGAAAUUGGAGAUGCAGCUAUUUUAAGGCAAUCUGUUGGAUGGAUUUGUAUCUGUUAGUGCUAUGAGUUCUUACAAUUGUUCUUUUGAGCUUGAUAUUAACCUUUUAAAGGGGCUAGACACCAGAUGAUACAAUUGCAAGAAAAAAAGAAAAACUUACAUAAAAUUGACAUUGUUGUGUACAACGCAUUAAAACUUACAUACUGAUGUAUCACAUCGCUAAAAACACACACGCUUUUUUCGCAGUUUUUGUGCAUUUUUCCAAUUCGUGAUUACCUAAGGUCGCCUACAACGUGAAUUCCAGUUAGUUAAAAAAUGGCAUCGUAAUAUUUAUCAUAAACAGAAAAUAUGAAUUAAAGUGGGAUACCAUUAUGCGCUAUUUAAAAUGGGGAAACACAGAUGAGACAGCAACAUGAUUGUUCCGUUUAUUAUUUAAUCAGAUUAUCGGCCUCCUACUAGCUUGUUUUGACAAUUCUAGGCUUGUUUUGGGGAAUUACUGUAUUUGCCAGUUUUUGUACCAUCUGGUGUCUGGCCUCUUUAAUGGUGUACAAAUCAUACUGACCCGCUGUUUUCAUUUUCUAAAUGCUUAUACGGAAAAAAAAUCCAACUAAUUACUGUUAAUGAAAUAAUUUCGCCAAUUGAAUGCGAAACAGUAUUUUGGUCCGUACAUGUUAUUGUUUUUUUUUUCGGAAUGCUGAUGGUGUUAAAAUAAACAGGAAUCUCAUUUAUAUGUAUGUUUUAAAUGUUGUUACAUAUAAAAAUGUAUUUAAUGUUAACACUUACAUUGAAAUGAAUUUCAGGUCGAUAUGAAAUUAAUUUUUAAAAAAGUGUUAAUAAAUUAGAGAAUGUAUAAAAGAUUUUUACGACUAUUUGUAACAGACAUAGCGUCAGAAUGGUUCUUGGACAGAAUAAAUGAAUAUUAGAAUUAAGCUUUAGAAAAAAAUACAUUAACUUAUUCAUGUUUAAUGUUGCAUUCAUUGUUUUGCUAUACGACUACUUACAUGUACAAUUAUUUAUAUAUAUAUAUAUAUACAUGAAAAUUGUGUUCAUGUUGACUUCUUCCAUCAAAAGCAGCUUUUGUACUGUAGGAUAUAAUGUAGAAGACUUAGCAAGAAUUGGAAAUAGCUGUUUGCGAAUUCUGUUGCAAAAAUGUAGUUAUUAGCGAAGUUGUUUCUUAGCCAUAGGAAACGCUUUUUGACACCCUACUUUACUGUUGGGUAUGUAUUACUUUUAUAAAUGAGCUUUUAUCUUCUUUCUUUAAGUUCCUAUCCUUGAAUUGUACAGAAGUGUAAAUAUUCUCGGCACAUUUUGUGUUCAUUUUGAACUCCGAUUAAGAGUCAAAUUUAUAAAAAAAAUGAAGGUAUUAAGUGUUACAAUAAAAAUCGAUAUAAAAAAAUGAGUUUCAUGAUACUUUGAUUUUAAAUUAUUAUACCAUAUAUUUACCUGCAACAAGCUAGACAAAAUCAUGUUUUUGUUUUGUAAAGACUCGAGAAGCAUAAUGUUAAAGAGCUAGGAUAUGGUCAGAAUUUGUAUCAGAGCUAGGAUAUGGUCAGAAUUUGUUUAGGAGCUAGGAUAUGGUCAGAAUUUGUAUCAGAGCUAGGAUAUGGUCAGAAUUUGUAUCAGAGCUAGGAUAUGGUCAGAACUUGUAUCAGAGCUAGGAUAUGGUCAGAAUUUGUAUCAGAGCUAGGAUAUGGUCAGAAUUUGUUUAGGAGCUAGGAUAUGGUCAGAAUUUGUAUCAGAGCUAGGAUAUGGUCAGAAUUUGUUUAGGAGCUAGGAAAUGGUCAGAAUUUGAUAAGGAGCUAGGAUAUGGUCAGAAUUUGAUAAAGAGCUAGAAAAUGGUCAGAAUUUGUUAAAGAGCUAGGAUAUGGUCAGAAUUUAUUAUGGCGCUAGGAUAUGGUCAGAAACACAAAUUAAUUUAAAUUCCAUGCAGCGUAACUUCCCUUUGCUGACAAUAAUCACUGCAUCACGCAUACGAUAUGACAAUAAUCAAGAGCAGGUUAUGAAAAUCAUGAAAUGUUGUUUUAUUUGAAAUAUUUUUUAGUUUUUAUAUUUAAAACAUUUAAUAUUUUAAAAAUUAAAAUAUGAAUUCCUGGUACUAGGAUGAGAUAGAGUAAAAGUAAAUUUGUUAAAAAGUGAAUAGCUAAAAUAUACCUAUUUUUCGUACAUGAUGGCAGAGAUCUGCUUGUCAAGGGACAUCACUGCAUAGAGUAUUGGAAUGAAUUUAGGUCUUUUUAGUCUAUAGUUAGUUUCUAGUAGCUGACAACUAUUGUUCGCUUUGAUGGUGCUGAAUAUCAAAUAGCAUUUUCAGAAAUGAAAAAAUACCGAAAUAGUCAAAUGUUAGAGAGAAUAAAACACAUUGAUGAUCGAAGCAAUACUGAUCAUUUUAGUUGUUUGAUGCAUUUAUAGGGUUUAUAAAGUCAUUGUUUAGUUUUACGUUUGUUUUUGUUAUGAGGAGGUCAGUUGAAGUAUAUUAUAUAUAACCUCGCUGAAUCAUUUGAGAUGCUUAAGUUUGUCAAGUAAUUUCUUACUUUGUUUUUAUUUAAUUUUUGAGGGAAAUUUAAUGUCACCAUGGCAACACUUCAAAUAGUUUUAUAGAAUACAGAGCAACAAUCCAUUCCAAAAGAAUAUAAUCAUAUUAGUUAUAACAAGAAAUUAUCUUUCUUCAUUGUACACAUAAUGACUUCUUUAUUUCAAUGUAAACACAAAGUCAAGCAUCUGUAAUGAUUUUGGUGCGGGUCGCAAACAAUUUCUGCCUCAGACUUGUGUAUACAAUCAUUUGUUUUGUUGUUUUAAUACUCUCUGACAGAAAAUCCACUGUCAUCUCAUUUCGAAAACGUUUUGUCAUCCGUCACCCGUUUUCUUCAGUUUACAGACUCGAAGCAAAAGUGUGCUAGCUUCUUUUGUACAGUUAGGUAGAUAGUUCACUUUUGUUCUUGCCAUUAUACAUAUAGUUUUGUUUUUGCCAAUUUAGUUCUUCGGAGACGAACAGAAUCCCCACCCCAAGGACAAAAGCUCUACCCCAACAAAUUUUGGCAUAUGUGAACUUAACCUCCCAAUAUAAUAUUCUUCAUUUCUUGCCACAUUCAAAGGUUAUUUACGAUAUGUAUAUAUUGUAAUCUAUAUAAAGGAUUUCCCAUGAGUGGUCAUACAAUUCGGUAUUGGUUAAAAUGAAUUUUCUAUUAUUAAUUCCAUUAAAAUAACCUGUUGCUAAAUUGAUUAUUUACAGCGCUAAAUACAUGAAAUGUUGCUAUGUUGCGCACACAUUUUCAACCCUUUUCACUUACAACAUAAGAUCAAAAGUAAUAUAUAUAAAAUUGUAUAAUGAUGUUAACUUUUCUCUGGUGACAUAUAUUAUAAUGUAAAUGGUUUUAUUAAAAUUUUACAACAUUUUUUGGCACAGAAACAAAAUAAAACUGUAUAAGUUUUUUAUUCGAUUGCAGAAUUUUGUUGGGGGGAUUUUUUCCCAGGGAGUGGUGGAUUUGUUAUACACAUGUAGCAUGUAGUACUUUGAAUAUAUCGAAAUAUCCACUUGAUCAUUUCAGAAAACCUAAGCAGGUCUUAAACACAUUCGUAUUUUGUUUACUUUUGUGUUUUAUUGUUUAAAAGGUAAACGAAAUAUCAGAAAAAUAUUUUACAAUGCUGUGAACUGGAUUUUGAUAAGGUGGAGUCAAACCAUUUUUGCAUCAAUCACUUAAUUUGUAUCAAAGCAUUUCUAGUGUAAUAAUUCCAAUUGCCCAGUAAUAUACACAAAGUGAAUAACAAGAGUGACAAAACACUACCUGCGUCUAUUUGAAUGUCUCUUAAAACCAACUCAAUUCACUGAUGAAAGCGAAAAAGCAUUAUCUGCUUCUUUAUUUCAAUGUCACUGAACUAUUUCAAUUAACUGAUGAAAGCAAUAAAGCAUUAUCUGCUUCUAUUUUGAAUAUCAGUUAGAACUAUUUCUAUUCACUGGUGAAAAAAAGCAUUAUCUACUUCUUUAUCUUAAAUGUCACUGAACUAUUUCAAUUCACAGAUGAAAGCGAAAAAAGCUGUAUCUGCUUCUAUUUUGUAUGUCAGUUGGAAGAAUUUUAAUCCACCCCUUAAAAGAAUGUAAAUUCCUUGCAUACCAACAUGAGGGGAAAAGAUAAAAAGUUGUAAGCGACAUUAGAUAAAGGCGCAGAUAUCACUUUUUCCCUUUAACCCCUUCGAGAGUUACAUUAGAUAAAGAAGCAGACAGAAUCCCUUUGCGUGUGACCCUCCCUCGAACCAUUCAUGUACAGGUCAUCAUAAAAUUGAAGAACUUGCUCAAAAUUUGCUCACCGUAAUGACCAAGUUUGACAGUUUUGCUGAUUUCAUGAAGUGAAUUUUUGUCAUCUUUGUAACUAAAGACAUUUCAAUCUUCUAAUGUAAACAUUUGACUAGAAAUUCUCUUUACUACAUAUGUAAACUGGUUUUGUUGAUUUUAAUUGCAUGGUCCCUUCUGUACAUAAUAGGGCUGUUUUUACUUGGAAUACAUGUAUAUUAAUUUGUGUAUGUAAAUGAUAGGAUUUAGAUGGAUUUAGAAGUUUGAUUACUUGCAAUGCUAAGAAAAGUCUAGUCCAUAUAUACCAGCAGACAACAGAACAAACUGACCAGUGGAAAACAUAUCACUGUUUACAAAUCAAACUUUUACAUGUAUAAAAGAAUAAAAGAAAUGACGAGUAAUGCAGAUUCAAUCUGGGCACAUUACUAGCAUGUUCGUUUUGGCCAUAUGUACAUGACGAUGUAUGAUAUUUGAAUAUUGCCUUAAAUUCUCCUUUAUAUCAGGGACCACAAUACAGAAGCGUUUUAAGUUGAAGUAAUACCUUUUCUUCAAAUAACACAUGACAUUUCCUUAUGCUUUUCCAGGGAAAGAAAGAGAACUCAUGAAGUUUAGACUGGUGCAAAAGUUGCUAAAUUUAGUCUGGUACAAAGCUCAGAAAGUUAACACUGGUUCAAAAUUUGGACUGGUACAAACAAGGCAAGUUUAGACUGGUGCAAAACUUGGGCAAGUUUGGACUGGUGCAAUACUCUUCGAGUAUAGACUGGUACAAAUCAAGUCAAAUUUAGACUGGUGCAAAACUUGGCAUAUUGGGACUGGUGCAAUACUCUUCGAGUAUAGACUGGUGCAAAUCAAGGCAAGUUUAGACUGGUGCAAAACUUGGCAAAUUUGGACUGGUGCAUUCCUCUGCAAGUAUAGACUGGUGUUUGUUCUGUUGUCUGGCUGUUUCAGUCAUGUCUGUGUUUAGCGUGUAGAUGAUAUUGUUAUGCCAUUCAUUUUUAUUCAUGUCACUUAUGAAUUUUAAUUAUGAUUAACACAGUUGACAUUUUGUCAGUCUUUAAUGAACUGUUCACACAGUUAGGAAAAGAAAACAUGUAUGUUUUUGCUAUUAAAUUAAAACAUGGCAGAUUCUAUGCCAUUGAGACAAUAAAUUGUGUAUGUGUUCAUUGUUUCAAAGGAUGACGGCGAAAAGAUUCUAACUGCUUGUUAAUCUAAUGUGACUUAGAACUUUUUCGUCCUGUCAUCAAGCAAGUAUAACAAUGUCUCAUCUAAUGUUUGAUUUUCUUUGAAGCAUAUCUCUUUUAUUAAACUUUUAUUUGGCUGGAAAAAUAGAUAAAAGUCAACACAGCGGUACCCAAUGUUUAAAAACAUGAAUGUCUCUAAAUGAAAUAUAUUUUGUGAUUUUGUCGCAUAAAUUUUAUGUUUAUGAAUCUGUUUUGGGCACACGGUUACGAACAGUCUCGAGGCUGCGUUCAUUCUCAAUAUUGUUUAUUUUAAUUUUUUUGUUAAUUUUCUUCUUUCAGAGAGGAUGCUGGUGAAAAAUGCUGUAUAUAUAAUUACUAGUGUAUUUGAACAUCAUACACACACAUUCUGUAAAAUAAAUGACUUAUUUAAAAAAAAUAGUUUUCUGAGUUUGAGUCUAGACUUUGACUUGAGACUGUUCAUUUUAUCGCCCCCUGGAGUUCAUUUUGUAGGUCAUUUUAAGAUGAGAAAUGUAGAAUGAUGAUUAGAUGUUAUGUCUUUAGACUUUUUAACAUUGACUUUGUGUGGUGCUCGAUUGUUUUUUUAAUUGUCUUAUCCCUAUAGCUAUUGGCAAUACUUAUUUGCUAGCUGGCGUGUACAUACAACAUGUAAUUUGUUAUUAAAUGUCUGCCAAGACUGGAUUUGCAUGGUCUUGUCCAGUCGAAAUAUGCUCUUUAUUUAUUACCCGUUCUUUUGAUAAAACCUGACUGAAAAUUGAUGUGUAAAUUUCAUACUUUUAAAGAAAUCAUUAACACCAAGUUGAACCUUACAGAUUUACAAUCAGUAGUGAUAACCCCUCUUGGUUUUCAAACUCCAUGCAGCAGUUACUUCCCCUUACAGUGAUCAAAAUUAAUAGUAAUCUUCAAGCCUGAAUCAAACCAGUAAUAGUAUUCAUAAAAGAUCUUAAAUUCAUUUCCGAACUGUAGUCAUUUUCUAAAAUUAAGUGUCCUACUCAUCAUACGCCAAAAUAAAUUAAUAAAUCCUAAAAUACUUAAUUUUCAUUGAUUUUAUUAAAAAUAUACUUUUAUGUUGAAGAUGCUGAUACUUUUCUUUUAGUUUAACUAUGAAAACUUCAGAAAAUCUACUUCAGUUCAGAAAUGACUUUUGAGCGUUAAAUUAACUUGCAUAAUAAAAAAAACUACAUGCAAAAAUAAACCAGUGCAUAAAUAACCCCAGAAAAAACCAUUUUAAAGGAUAUUGCUCAUGUUUUUGGACUUUUUUUGCUUGAUGAUAAUAAUAAUUUGUAAACAGUCUAAUAAUAUAAUUUUUUAAAUCAAUGAUAUCGAAAUUGAUGAAAAAAAUACAUUUAAAUUAAAAAGAAAACACCCUCGUUUUAGUUGCGAGCAAACCCAUGCCGAUAGAGUCAAGACAAAAAUAGAAAGCUUACAACAAAACCACUUGCCCACAAAGACUCUAACAUAAACUGAGGGAUAAUUUAACCUUUACACAUUUUCUUGAACAGCGUUACUAAUGCUACAAUAUUUAAAACUAUAUCAACAUUUGUUGACAGGUUCCAGCCAUCAGUUUGUAAGUUUUAACUCUCCGAAUGAUUUACCACACUUUAUUUUGUCAAUAAAAAAUAUAGUAAGCACAUUUAUGGCAUAGAUUCUGCCCAUCACUUUACGUAUGUCCCUGAGCACUCUUAAUAAGCAGAGUAGGUUUAUGACCUAAGAUAUCUUUUUAAAACAGGACCCUGAUCCGUUAUAUAACUUCUAUUGAUCCAUUUUGACAUAUUUGCAAAAAGAAAUUGGAAAUUUAAAAAAUGUUUUUGAAGUUUUUUAGACAUACUGAUAAGAAAAUCCAAUGAUAUUGCUAAGAAAAAAGCAAUUUAUCUCUUUAACUUGCAUGUUCUAUGAGUAUUAUGUUGUUUUUAAUGCAUUUAAACUAUAUCAGUCUUGGAGGUUUGUGAAUGGUUGAUUUUAAUUAUUUUCAUGGAUAAAUUGUUGAUAAAAUCACUGUAUGCAUCAUGAUAAAGAAGCACAUAUUUGUUGUUGAGGUGUCAUAUUGUUAGAUUUUUAUACAAUUCAUGAAAAACUUUCUUCACCAGUUUUGAGGAACAUUUGAUAUGUAGUCUUUAUUAGAUACGGUACUAAAUGUUUGUUAUGAUAUUACGCUUAACUACCGUAUUUGUUCUAAUAGAUGAACAGGGCUUGACGUUGUGUCAAAAUUAACCCCCAGUGUGCUUAUUAUGAACCAAAUAUUCUUUGUUUUUUAUAACUAAUCAUAAUACCAAAUGUUAGCUUUACGAAGAAGUAAGCAGGUGCGCUGAAAAUAAUGGCAGCAAAUAGGAUGUUCUCAGAGAAAUAGGAUGCAGUUUUACGAACUUUGAGCUAAGUUUAGCACUUUUCAAGUCUCAAAAUCAGACAAAAUACCAACAAUUUCACAGCCCCUGUGUGUCUAUUAGGGCAUGUACAUUUAUAGAGACAAAAAAACAAAUACGGUAUGUGUAGAAAAGGUUCAUCAGUAUGAGAAACAUAAGUGUACUAUGUAACACAUGCCACUGAUAAAUUACCAGCCAUUGUUAAUGUGUUGUCAAACUUGUCAUCGUGUGUCCACAGGUGGCAAAAUUGACCAGAAAUAGUGAACAAAAAAACGAUUUCACAAUUUCUGGUUGACACUGCCACCUGUGCGUGUAUCAUGUAUGUAAAACAUUGCAAUUAAAUCGUGUACCAUGUGUUAUUUAUUUGUUAAUGUACUAUUUGUUGAUGCGCAUAGGGCCAAUUGUUCAGAACUUUGUUAGAGUUAACAACAUGGUUAACAUCAUCGUUGUUAACUUUCAAAUUUUUACUGCUCUGGAAGUUUAAUGGAUACGCUUGUGAUCUGCUGUAUUUCUAACAAGACUUGAGACAUCUGUCUCACUUGUACUUGUUUAUACUAAAAAAUGUGAUCACAUAUUUCACGUUUAAAAGUUAACAACGAUGUCGUUAAUCCCAUUGUUAACAUUCAAAAAGUUGUGAACAAUCGACCCAAUGUUGUCUUUGCAGAAAUAAAUGUUGGAGUUCGACCAUGCAUUCUCAGGGACCUCUGUAUGGGCUGUUGGAAACUAUUGUUAUAAUGGAAAAUACCGUUAAAAUAAAUUAGCUUACAUAAGCUUACAUCUGUGAAGAUGUUGUGCCAUCUUGAUGAAAGAACUCAAUAACAGCUUCUGUUUAUUUAGCAGUUAUAGGGUUCUUGCUCUAGGUUGAUAAUUGGUUCAUCUGCAAGCAUUUUCAGGCUACUGAAAUGAAUUUAUUACUUAUUUCAAGCCGCAAGAGCCACUAGGAAUUGCUUUUAACGGGUUUAAAACGUAAUUGAUUUUAAUCAGGUGAAGUGGUAGAUAUAAAUUGUGGCUGGCCAGUAAGUUGGUAGUGAACAAAAUAUAAAGUAGACCACUAAAAAACCCGUAAGAUUGCUUGUAUGUUCUAACACAAAAUAAAUGGUUAUGCAACUGUGUGGCAUCGAUCCAUUUAUUAUUGUAAAUACAUACUUACGAUUUUUAACCAUAACAUAAACUGCAAAACAAUGUACGGAUGUAAUAGGCCAAUGACACAUACAGCGGUUUCUGAUUAUUUGUCCCCCCUUGAUAUUACCUCAACAAAAGGAUUUUAUUCACUUUAAACUCAUAGAGACGGAGCAAUUCAUAUGAUAUGCCAGGGGCACAUACAGGGGUCUGUGAAUGUGUUGCCAUGGUUAUGUGCAUGUUCAAACUCACCUUGGACAUGUUUUCAAGAUCAAUAGUAUGUUUUAUUAAUAUUAUUUAUGAAUAAAAAUGUGUAUAAAGUGUUA